AUGUCGUCCAUGCGCAACGCCGUCCACCGACGGCAACACCGCGAGCGAGGCCAACUCCAAGGCCGUGAAAAAUGGGGUAUCCUCGAAAAGCACAAGGACUACUCCCUCCGCGCAAAAGACUACAACCAAAAGAAAGCCAAACUCGCCCGCCUCUCCGAAAAAGCCCGCGACCGCAACCCCGAUGAAUACGCCUUCGGCAUGAUGUCCUCCCACUCCGGGAAAGCAGGCAAACACGGUUCCGGAUCGCGCGACUCCGCCGCCAGCCUAAGCCACGAGGCGAUCAAGUUGCUGAAGACGCAGGAUGCGGCGUAUCUGCGGACCGUCGGGGAGAGGGUUAGGCGCGAGAUGGAGAGGGUUGAGCAGGAGGUUAGGUUGCAGGAGGGGAUGAGGGAAGUUCUUGGGGGGAAGGAGGAUGAUAAUAAGAAAGGGAAGGGGGAGGAGAUGAGUGAGGAUGAUGAGUUUGGGGGGUUUGAUUUUGGGGAUGAGGUUGAGGAGACCAAGCUGAAGAAGGUGGUUUUUGCGGGUGAUCGGGAGGAACAGAGGAAGUUGAAGAAUCGGAGGCUACGGGGGGAAGAGGAGGAGGAUGAGGAUGAGGAUAUGGACGAUUCCUUCGAACAACGGCUGAAACAGAAGAAAUCUCGGAAACAGCUCGAGGCGGAACGACAGAAGCUGGCUGACGAACGACGAGCACGCAAGCUGCGCAAGAGAGCUGUUGAGGCGCGAGAGAAUAAGCUCAAACACCUUCAAAAGCAAUUUGCUGAUAUCACCGCCGCGGAGCGCGAGCUGGACUGGCAACGAGGGCGGAUGGAUAACUCUGUUGGGGGGACGAAUAAGAAUGGCAUCAAGUGGAAGAUUCGGGAGAGGAAGAAAUAA